AUGCUCAUGGCCGACACUGCAGCGGCCACCCGGCGCUCACCACGCCAGCGCACGGCGCGCCUCGCCCUCGACGAGCACGACCACCGCCCGUCGGCGCGCACCACCUUCUCCAGCUCCCCGCGCCCCGCCUCGACCCCGACCCCGCCGCUGCCGCUCGCGCGCGCGCGCCAGGGCCGCACCCAGCUCACCAAGGCUGCGCACGAGGAGCAGCUGGGCGCUGGCCCGGCUUUCCUUCCCUCGCUCCUCGGGCACCUCCCUACCACACCCACCUUCACCCUCGACGGCCUCACACCCCCAUCGUUCGCGUACCGCCUCCCGCCUCCCGACGUCGCCCUCUCCCUCUCCCCCUCGUCCUCCUCCAAGCGCCCCUCCUCCGACACGUCCCCGAACCCGCACCUCUCCUCCAAGAAGCGCAAAGUCCGCCACGCGUUCCUCCGCUCGCACCUCCUCCUCGCCGGGCCCGCCGCCGCGUCCUCCUCCUCCUCCUCCUCUUCCUCCUCCUCGGCGGCAGAGUCCAAACGCCCGGCGCCGGCGCCACCGCGCCGGUCCUCCUCGACCGCCCGCGACGCCCCGUGGUGGCCCUCGGUGUCGCGCUCUCACGGCGAGGGCACGCCGAGCCGGUUCGCGCGCGAGGGCGCACCCGAGGCGUGCGAGUGCGGCUCGGGCGACGGGUGGGUCGCGGCCGCGGCGGCGCAGCUCGUCGGGCGGUUUGGCGCGCUCGGCGUCAGCAGCGCUGACGCUGGCGCCGAGGCAUCCCUGCGCAAGGAGAGGAGAGGGAGCGGGAGCAGGAGCAGGAGCAGGAGUCGGGGGAGGAGCCGCGAGCGGGGCGGACGUGGUGGUGGGGGUGGUCGAGGAGGGCGAGGGCGCGGCGGGGCGCGCGAGGCGGCAGAGGGACAAGGUGCGCCGCCGCGGGCGCUGCUGCGGCCGGGCAUGCCGGCGAGGGCCGCGUCGAGCCCGGCCGUGUUUGGCGUGUCGGGCCUGCGCACCGUGUACGAGGCGCCGCUCGUCGAGCGGCGGGAGCGCGAGGAGCGGGAGCGGGUCACGCAGCAGCAGCAGCAGCAGCAGCUCGAGGGCCCGGCUCUCAAGAAGGCGCUGCUGCUCAACCUGCGGGCGAGGAUGGCGAGCGACGGUGGGACGAGCAAGGGCGCCGAGGCGGGCUUGCGGUUCAAGAAGUGGGUCGUCUGGAACGCGUGGCGCGCCCGAGCGAACGAGUCGCAGCCGCAGGUUGUCGAUGCCGGCGCCGACUCGACGCUCGACAGCAGCAGCAGCGACGACUCGAGCUCCGACUACUCGCACCUCGGCUGGUCGGACGACUCGAGCUCCCUCCUCGGCAGCGCCGCGUCGUCGCUUGACGACAAUGACGACGACGACGACGAGCUCCUCCUCGGCGACGUCGACCUGUUCCUUCUCCCCGACGACGACGGCCUCGACGCGCUCCCCGCGCCGCCCGUCGAGUACGCCCCGCCCGCCGAGCAGUCGGACGGCCUCGUCGACGAGCCGACGACCGUCGCGCCGCUCAGCUUGCUCCUCCUCCUCCCGCCGCCGCCUCCUCUCGCCGCCGCCGACGACGAGCACGACGCCCGCGGCGACGUCGCCAGCUCGCCGUCGCCGUCGCCAGCCGUGGUCCCGCCCGUCGCGCGCCCGCCCCUGCGCCGCACGGCGUCGCUCCCGGACCCCCCUGCGCGAGGCGGGUACCCCGGUGCUGCUGCUGGUGCCGGCGACGAGGACGCGAGGGCGCCGCGCGGGACUUGGGAGGUGGCGCGCGGCGCGACGGUGGUCGCUUGCGAGGGGUGAGCGCCGAGGAACAAGGUGAGGAGGAGGAGGAGGAGGAGGUCCGGGUCGCGCGCGGGUUUGGGUAGCGGCACUUGCACAUAGCUUUGUUGAGCAGU